UACAAUUUUUAGCCAAUGACAGACAAUGACCUACAAUCUUUAGCCAAUAAUAGAUAAUGAUAUACAUAAUUGAUCCAGUUAUCGGAGAUAUAAAGGCUACCAGUUUUAAAUUGCUCUUAUUUGAGACAAACGAGUAUUAAGACAAAAUUAAUUGAAUUAGCAAACUGAAAUGCCUCCAAAAACCUCAGGAAACAAGAAGGUAGAGAAGCCAACAACAACAGUUAUCAAGCCUCUGAGUGAUGGAAAACCAAGAAAGAGAACAAAACGGAAGGAAAGUUACGCUGUAUACAUUUACAAAGUCCUCAAACAAGUUCACCCGGACACUGGUGUAUCAAGUAAAGCAAUGAAUAUCAUGAACUCAUUCGUCAAUGAUAUCUUUGAACGAAUUGCUUCCGAGGCGACACGUUUGGCACACUACAAUCAAAAGUCCACAAUAUCAUCGCGUGAAAUACAAACGGCCGUCAGACUUCUUUUGCCAGGUGAACUCGCCAAGCAUGCUGUCAGUGAAGGCACUAAAGCCGUGACGAAAUACACAAGCAGCAGAUAAGCUGAAUGAAGAGUGUUUUGGAAUUGACCCAUAAUGAGUCGUAAACGUUGAAUGUUACGAGUUGUACAGCUGUUAUAGUGCAACGAACUUAUUUGACUUUAAGUUGACAUUUGUCGUAUUUAAAAUAGAAAUGUAUAAAGGAAAAAGAAUGAUUAUUAAAAAAUAUAAAUUGGCGUAACGUAAUAUAUUAUAAGGCGACAAAUAGCGUUACAGAUUUUAUGCGAACAUGACCUGUACUUUAACGAAGAAGAUCCGUAUUUUGGACUCUGGCUAUAAACUGAUGACUUUAAAACAAAAGACUAUAGAUAUGCAUGAACAUAUCUCGCCCACAGUCGGCGAUGACAAAGGAAAUUUUUC